AUGACUAAGCUGCCCAAGUCCAAGGCCCGUGCCGUCGGUGUUUCUAACCACAAGAAGGAGCACAUCGAGGCCCUUAUCCAGGCCACCGGUGUUACUCCCGCCGCCAACCAGAUCGAGCGUCACCCCGUUCUCCAGAGCAAUGACCUGAUCCAGUACUGCAAGGAGAAGGGCAUCCACGUCACUGCCUACUCCGCCUUCGGAAACAACGGCUUCGGAGUCCCCCUCCUCAUCAACCGCCCCGAGAUCAAGGAAGUCGCCGAAUCCGUCGCCAAGCGUGUCGGCCACCCCGUCAGCGGCGCCCACGUCAUCCUUGCCUGGUCCCAGGUCGGUGGCAUCAGUGUCAUCCCCAAGUCCGUCACUCCUUCGCGUAUCGCCGAUAACUUCAAGGAGAUCGAGCUCACCGACGAGGAGAUCGCCAAGGUCUCUGAGCUGGGCAAGGAGCGUCGUCGCUACAACACCCCUUACGUCGCUAACAAGCCCCGCUGGGAUGUUGAUAUCUUUGGUGAGGAUGAGGAGAAGCCUGCUACUCACAAGGUUAUUGUUUAA